AGCUCAGUGCGAUUGCCGCAGUGACAAGAUGGUGGUGGUUAUUGAUGGUCACGUUUGUGGUAGUCCAACCGCAUCUAAGGUUCAAACCGCCCAUUAUACUCGGCUAAAUUCCUCUAAUCUUUCCUGGGAAACUCUGGAAGAGAAAUCCAGCUAUGGUAAACCACAUUUACAGCAAGUGUGUGAUAAUGUUCUGAAAUCAAAUGCAAAAGUGGUGCAGGUGAUGGAGAAAGACAUUGAAAUGGAUUGUGAAACAGGUGGGUGCCAUGUACAAGAACAGAAGACUGAAAGUAUAUUUGCUGCUGUGCAUGAAUUGAGACUUCAUUCUCCUUGUCAAGGAACUGACAAGAAUCAGAGAAUGUCGCGUUCCAGAACACUUGCUAUCAAACGAUCUAAAGAUUCCCGAUCGAGUUCAGCAUCCUCUUCAGGCAGUUCCCGAUCUGGUUCGAUGUCGUCUUCGGGCAGCUCCCGGUCAAGUUCUGCAUGUUCUACAGGCAGCUCCCGGUCAAGUUCAAUGUCAUCGUCAGGUCGUUCCCGGUCAAUAUCAGUAUCAUCUUCGAGAAGCUCCUGUUCAAGUUCAGCAUCAUCAGCAAGCUCCCGAUCAAGUUCAUUGUCACCUUCAGAGAGGUAUGGUUCAAGUUCGGAUAAUGUCUCUUUCUCUUCGAGAGGCAGAUACGUAUCACGCCAAAGGAGCUAUAGAAGAUCAAGGCGAAGCUGUUCAAGGUCCCGGUCUAGAAGCCGGUCACUGUCUUGUUACCGAAGAUCCAGAUGUCGAAUGUCUUACCGGUCACCCCAAAGAUACAGGUCUAGAUCCAGAUGUUCCAGAUCAUACCAAAGACAAAGGUCCAGCUUGAGGUACAGAAGGUCCAGGUCCAGAUCAUGGUCUCGGUCCCCGUCCAGAUUUCGGAGAGGUUACUACGGCUUUGCUUACAGAACACAACCACGAUCCCACCAAAGGAGUCGAAGCAGAUCAAGGGACAGAUCUUUCUGCUUAACGCAAAAAGAUAAACAGAAGUUACUUGAAAUUGCAAAGGCAAAUGCUGAUAAAUUAUUGGGAAAGGGUAACAUCUGGUUGCCUUCUAACUUGAGGCCUGCCAAUCCUCUCUCUGAGAGACUUUUUGAAGUGAAAAGUAACAGCGAUGCAGUAAAAGCAGUAACCAGAAAGGACUACAAAAAAGAAGCUGAAGGUGAACCACUUCAGAAAUUAACCAGUCCCCCUGCAAAGAAUGAAACAAACCACUGGAUAGCUUUCAGUGUUAAAAAUACUGUGGCAAAACCAUUGAGUCAAAAAACAGCAAACACUUCUAGAGACUCUCCUGAACAGAAGCCGAAAGGAAGCCCGUAUGGACAGUGGGUACUGGUUCAUAAUGGCCACAAGAACACUGAUAAAACAAAGACUUGUUGAACACCUUUUGAAAUGUUUUAAAAUAUAUAUUUUUGUACAUAAGACUAAUUAUCCUAAAGACCCUGGUAGAACUGUUUUGCUGAGCAGAAUAUUGUGAUAGCACUCCACUUAAUUUGUGAAUCAUGUACCAUUUAGCUUAAUCCCAAGUGUUCUAGCUUUUGUAAAAGUUAACAACUGGAAUAACCGUGUGGAUCAGUAUGUUGAGUGGACAGAUGUUUAGACUUUGAUAGUUAUGCCAAAUGAAAUACCAUAUUUCUGAAAUAAAUUGCUGUUUUGCAGGUAAGAUACUGGCGAUUUUAUCCAAGAUUUCAGGUGGGACUUCAUUUUGUUUUUCCACAGAAAUACUUCCAUUUGUUUUGUCGAUAUUCACUGUUUUCCAAAAUUCAAUAAAGGUAAUUUGUGAAUUUAAA